GCUUAUUGAUAAACAUUGCGACUACUUCCGGGUGAGCAGCUGAGCAUGCAACAACGCAAUAAGAUGUGAAUUUUUUUUUUCCGUGAAAGGAAAUUACACAUUUUCAGAUUGUUACCCGUCUCAAAAUGAAUUUAGAUUUGUUUGAAUACGAAUGGAAGUUAAUUGAAACAGAACUCUGCAAUUGCAGUCUUAAUGAAUAUUCUAAUGCUGUAGAGAUUUGGCUUACAAAGCCCCAUGUUGUGAAUAGGCGAGUAUGUACAUCUCAAGUGCUAUGGAGGAUGAAAGAGCUUCCAAACCCAAAACUAUCAUCAUCAAUAGUUCUAGAAUUUCUUUUAGAUGACCUGAGCUUGCUGACAAAUUUUGUUUCCAAGACUGAAGAGAUUCAAACUCUAUACGAACAACAUUAUCAGAAUUUCAUAGCAUGCAGUACGCAAGAACUCAAAGUAAACAAGGAUGGAGAAAGGAGCUCAUUUGCUAAUAAACAGUUAGGCCUAGAAUGUUGUGUCCGCAAACUGUUACCAAGAAACAGAAAGAGUGAAUUUCCAGUCAAUGAAAUAAUACUUAUUGAUAAUUCAACCUCAUCAAUAUCAUUCGUGUUUAUUCCACUUGAAGUUCAACCCACAAUCCCUCGGAAUUUUCAAAGUCUCAUUAAGCAUGCUGGGUACAAGUUAUUGUUUAAUGAAAAUGAACAUAGCUUGAAGUUAUUUGUCGGACAAGAGUACUCGGCGCCAUCUACAGGAAGCUUUGCAAGACCAUCUAUAUCAUGGUUGAAAAAUCACUUACUUCCCAGGUUGUUGAAAUGGGCAACAGAAAGCAAUCCAAACCCUGGCAACGUAUUUACAUCCUUAAUUGCUAUGGAUGAGUAUAGCCAAUUGUAUGGCAAACUAAAAGAGAAAUAUGGUGCCAAGUUUGUUAAGAUUUGGACAGAAGUAACAGACCCUCUAAAGUUUGUUUAUGAGGACGUUGCCAUAGCAGCAUACAUCCUAACAUUGUGGCGGCAUGAGAGAGAUGAGCGGGGCUUAUCAGACCCACAAUCCUUCAUUGAUCUUGGAUGUGGUAAUGGAUUACUGGUGCACAUCCUGAACUGUGAAGGGCAUCCCGGAAAAGGAGUUGAUGUUCGCCGAAGAAAAAUUUGGGAUCUUUACGGAGAGGAGACAUGCUUAGAAGAAACAGCAAUCACUCCAUCAGACAGUAAUCUAUUCCCAGAAUAUGAUUGGCUGAUUGGUAACCAUUCAGAUGAGUUGACCCCCUGGAUACCAGUUAUUGCAUCCAGAUCAUCUUUUGAUACAAGGUAUUUUGUUCUUCCCUGUUGUUUCCAUGAUUUUAAUUGCAAAUUUUCUCGGAAAAAGUCAAGUCAAGGACAGUACAGGUCUUAUCUAGACUUUGUCGCAGACAUUGGAAAAACGUGUGGGUUUGAUGUACUUGAAGAUAGACUUCGCAUUCCUUCAACUAAAAGGAUAUGUCAAGUUGGGAAGCAAAGGACUUAUAAACCAGAAGAACAGGCUACAAUUGAUAACAAAAUAACAGAACUCAUUCAAAGACGAUCAUGCUUAAAUAAAAGUACAGGUGUUAACCAAUCAUUAGUGUGUGAUAUGCAAAUAGGUUCUACACCUGGAUCACAUGAUGUUGGAGAUAGUGAGUUUGUCACUGAAAGGAAGCGAGAGCUUGAUACAAUCGAUAACCAGAGAUGUUCGCAGAAGAUGAAGUGUAGUGAGGAGAAAGAAGAUGUUCGUAGUAAUGACAAGAACCAUGUUUCUAAAGACUCAUAUAAGUGGGUUCAGGGUUUUAUAGCAAGAGAUAAAGUUGAGCGGGUUCGCAACUGCGCUACACUCAGUGUAGACUUGCGCCAGGAAAUCAUCUCAAAAGUUGCCUUUAGGCUGCUUGAAGAAGGCGGGGUUGAUUUGAAUGUAGAUAGCGAUACGCCAACUCCUACACAUAAAUGGAGGAGAGGAGGCCAGUUGGAUCUGCCAGCUAUUGCCAAGUUCUUAGGUUCAGAUACUUUGAAAAAGUUGAAACAAGAAUGCGGAGGCCUGAAGACACUCCUGAAAAAUGCUAACCAAGUGUUCAAAGUGUCUGGCAACUUUGUUCAAGUUCGUGAUUGGGCAAAAUCUGAUCUUCGCUCUGCCAAAUCAAAUCAGUCGCUCAAGAGAUUGCAAGAUAAAGGAUUACUAUUCAAGACCAAACAUUGCUGGUUCCAUGGCAACCAUCCUGAUGGCUGUCCCCUUCCAAUUGAGACUUGUCCAUUUGCUCAUGGGGAUGAUGAUUUGAGGGAAAGACCAAGUUUUAGAUAAAAAUUGCACAACCCUGUCAAGCCAGUGUAUGUGCAAAUCACAUGAAACAUAUAGUGUGGACAAAGCUAUACUUGUAAAGUUUUAUGGGACAGAUACCAAUGAUAUGCCCAUAUAUGGGUGUGAUAUAAAAAUCAUCAUGCCCAUAUAUAUAAAGUUAGUACUUGUGUAUUGUUGUAAGUUUAUGAUUUUGAAUAAAACAUUGAAACUUAA